UUCAUGGCUCAAAUAAACGUUUUUUUCUGUGUAAGAGUUCUGGUAACAAGACAGAAUUAUUGGAUUAUAUUUACUGAAUUGCGGAUGACAUUACAACCAGAAUCUGACAUGUACAAUGUAUUGUCAUAAGAGUAACCCGGAGGUACUGACCGUGAUUUUGUAAACCAACAUUGGAGGGAUUAAUCGACCCAUCGCACCGUGGCAACCCGCUUUUUUUCAGCAUCUACAAUCUACAGUUGUCUACCCAAGUAUAGGAAUUCAGUAGCUGAUAAAUCGGCGAAUGAAUGCAGCAAUUUCGCUAUUCAAAUGAAACAGAAUAACAAAUAAUUUAACUAGAAAUAAUGUCGGGAAUAUCAAGCAACACUGGACUUAUAGCAGCCCGUGUAACUCCAGUCUAUAGAACAAAAUCUAAAAAAUUGGAGUUGCUGAGUAUAGCCAAGCCCGCGCCAUUUACAAUACGCCCGUUCGCUGGACUUUUUAAUCCUUUUCCGUACGGGUGUUCGGUGUUGUGCAAUCACCCAGCGGAUUGUGAAGCCAAAGAAUUUAUUAAACGCGCUAAAGAAUCAUGGGCUAUGGAAGGGAAAGCGCUACUUUUACCAGCCGAAAUGGAAAUGAUUCGAGCUACGCUUAUAGCUGGUGGUAUUAUAGACUCUGGAGAGGUCAAUGACGGCAUCAAUAUCCAUACAUCGACCGCCGUUCCUGAAGAACUGUUCCGUAAAUACACCGAGACGGAUUCAAGACCGUUGACACCUACCCCAACGCUGGCCAGCGGGCCACUGACUGCUCAUCAGAACCACCCGGACAAUCUUGUUCCUUGUAAUCCCCGUGAGCGGACUACGUUGAUAUUAGACCUGAGAACUGCUUCGCAGGAGCAAGAUGAGACUUUGAGUUGGCACGCUUUGACUCUUGAACCUCCACCGAGUCCCAAGCGAGCUAAUGAGUAUCUAAAAUCACCUGUUCAACAUCGCCAUCAAUCUCGGGCAAUUCUUCCGUCAGUUCAGACUAGUGAUGAGGUAAUCUGUUGGUUUGAUCUUAAAGGAUGGAUAAUUAGAGAUGUUAGUCAUUUUUUAUUAUACUUUCAGCUGCAAGAGUCAUCGAGGAAUGAAGAAGAAGACGACAGAAGCGAUAGUGAUAAUGAAGUUCCGAUCAGACGACGUGGAAAACGUCUGAAGAAACGCAGGUGCAGGCGAGGUUCGGCCUAUGGUCAGCAGAAUGAAGUCAGAGACCCUUUAGAGCCUGCUGAAACUCAGGUUUCGCAGGUAGAUGACACUUCGAGAAGAAAUAGUUCAUUGACUCCGCAUGGCAACGUUGAAGUCGAGAAUGUUGCUGAGAAAAUUCCUACAUCUCUACCGACUCAGCCAGUCUUUUGUAGUUUUAUCAGUCCGGAAAUACUCAAACAUCUUGCUAGAGAAAUAAAUCGGGAAACUGUUGAAGAAGAAUUUUCUUUAAAGAGAAAAAUAGCGCUAGAAGAAGCUUUGAAAAUGAAAGAAGAAACAAAUCUAAGUAUUAAAUCAUCUUCUCGUCAACCUCAUCUCCAACCAUUGGCAACCAAUGCCCCGCGAGUAUUUUCACGACAAAGCGCUCGGUUUGAACUUCUGAAUAGCGGCAGCUUAUCAUCCAUAAAACCGCUAGACUAUUUAGAAAAACAUGUUUUCAUAACAUCGGGAAGAAAACUUAUUUUUGGGCGAACGUUUAACAAAUACUACGAAGACAGUUUAGAUGAAACGCGAUGUAUUCCACCUAAUGAUUUUUUAGAAGCUCUGCGUGAAGUAAUGGGCAGUUGUUUGACAGACGAAAAGGUGGACAAAUUAAAAGAAAUAUUUGACGAAAUUACAGAACCACUAAGUUUUAGAAGAUGGUGUGGAAUUUGCGCAGCUUCCGAGAGACUUUUAUCGCCGCUUCCUCCCAAAGAAUUGGACCCUCCUGUCUGGCUAGAAAAGGCCGACUUUGAAGCUCUCGAAAAAAGACUUAUCAAUGCCGAUAAUGUUGACCCUAAAUUGGCUUAUAUGCUGAGACAAAUUAGAGACAGAUAGUAAUAACAAAAUUUAGUUUUUUUAUUGGUAAAAAUACUUAUUUUCUUUAUUCACUCUUGUACAAUUAAAUGAU